AUGUCCAAUCAGAGUGACUGCGAGGGCGAGUGCCUGAAAUACCGUCCAAUCAAAACGCAGGAGCCUGGAGAACCGUCCAGUAAAACCUGGGGGCGGGCGCACUCGCAUCCGCGCGGACGUCGCUCUCCGGCCGCGUCCCCGCGCGUAAUUGCCCCGCGCGCACUUGCCCCGCGCGGCCCCAGGUGUCUCGUCCCCGUCGCUCUCACCUGCCGGGACCGCGGAGGCGCGAGGAGGACGCCCGAAGGGUCCGGAGCGGGCGGAGAUGGAGAAUUGCGGGAGAAGUGCACGGGGUCCCGCUCCUUCAUGCAGGACUUGGUGGUCUUUGAGGACGUGACUGUGAACUUCACCCUGGAGGAGUGGGCUUUGCUGGAUGCUGCUCAGAGGAAGCUCUACAGAGAUGUGAUGCUGGAGACGUGCAGGAACCUGGCCUCAGUGGGGGAGAGACCCUAUGGAUGUCAGCAAUGUGGGAAAACUUUCAAAAUGUCUCAAAAUUUUCAAAGGCACAUGAGAAUGCACAGUGUUGUGAAACCCUGUGAAUGUAAGGAACUUGGGACAGCCUUCACAUGUUCCUCAUCACUUCAAAUACAUGAGAGAACUCACAGUGAAGAGAAACCCUAUGAAUGUAAGGAGUGUGGCAAAGCCUUCAGGGAUUCCACAUCCCUGCAAGUACACAUGAGGCAGCACAAUGGGGAGAGACCCUAUGAGUGUCAACACUGUGGGAAAGCCUUCACUCGUCACUCCUCCCUUCAAGUCUAUGAGAGAACCCACAGUGGGGAGAGACCCUAUAAGUGUCAGCAAUGUGGCAAAGCCUUCACUAGUCAUUUCUCCCUUUAUCUACAUGCCAAAACCCACAGUGGAGAGAAACCCUGUGAAUGUCAGGAAUGUGGAAAAGCCUUCAGUUUUUACUCCUCCCUCCAGGAGCACAUGAGAACGCACACUGGAGAGAAGCCCCAUGAGUGUAAGCAUUGUGGCAAAGCUUUCGGUUAUCGCGCAUCCCUGCGAGGACACAUGAGAAUGCACACUAGAGAGAAACGUCAUGUCUGUGAGCAAUGUGGGAAAGCCUUCAGUCAUCCCAGUAGCUUUAAAAGACACGUGAAAUCACACAGUGGAGUGAAACUGUAAGAAUGUACAGAGUGCGGGAAAGCCUACAGUUGUUCCUCAUCUGUUCACGAACAUGUGAGAAUGCACGGUGAAGACAAAGUGUGAAUGUAAGGAGUGUUGCAAAGCUUUCAGUUGUUCCUCUUCCC